CACAGUCUGUAUGCAUAUUGCACUGUACUGUACUGUUGUAUGCAACAUCUCACAAAACAUCGAAUUCAAGAUGAGUGCUCAAUCAGAUACCAGUGUUGCGGAACAGGCAUCCAAGAGGACUAAACAACAGCCCUUGCAUUCUGAUACCACAACAGACAAUACUACUGCUUCCAACUUCAGGCACAUCAAAAUCACACAUUUUCACCUGGGAAUCAAGGUCGAUUUUUCGAAGAAAGAGCUGGCUGUGAAGGAAGUGAUUGAUGUGAAAUGCUUGCAGAAAUGUGACGCGGUCAUUCUAGACAGCCACGAGAGUAUCCAGAUAUCAAGCAUCGUUGACAAGUCCCCGCCUGAAGCUGACCUUCAGUACGAGGUGAAGCCUUUCACCGGCUAUGGAUCUGCACUGCAUAUCAGCCGACCUUGCAGCGAGGUCGGGGAGGAGUUCAAGAUCGAGAUCACGUACACGGUGGGGAAAGCCCCCGGACUAUGUUGGCUGGACCCUAGUCAGACUGCAGGGAAGUCCAAGCCAUAUCUGUACACACAAGGACAGGCCGUUUUGAACAGAUCUUUCUUCCCCUGUCUUGACACCCCAGCUGUCAAGUCGACAUACUCCGCUACUGUUCAUGUUCCAUCUGGAUUUGCUGCUGUGAUGAGUGCAGACCAAUGGGGGAAGGAUGUCAGUCCGGAUAUCUUCACCUUCCGUAUGAACCAACGAAUCCCUAGCUACCUGGUGGCCUUAGCAGUCGGUGAUAUCGCCUCGGCCCAGAUCGGCCCCAGGAGCAACGUGUGGACAGAGCCAUGUCUUCUGGACAAGGCACAAGCAGAGUUCAGCGUGGUUGUGGAGGACUACAUCUCAACCGCAGAGCGACUCUUUGGACCCUACGUGUGGGGGCGCUAUGACAUUCUGGUCAUGCCUCCAUCGUUUCCCUUUGGUGGGAUGGAGAAUCCGUGUCUGACCUUUGUGACCCCUUGCCUCCUGGUGGGCGAUAAAUCACUCACAGAUGUGGUCAUGCAUGAAAUCGCCCACAGCUGGUUUGGUAACCUGGUAACCAACGCAACAUGGGGUGAUUUCUGGCUGAAUGAGGGUUUCACCAUGUUUGCCCAGCGUUGCAUCAGUCAAGAAUUACUAGGUGAAGCCUACACGUGCCUCGAAGCUGCUACAGGGAGGGCACUACUUAAGCAACGGAUGACAUUUGCAGGAGAGGAUCAUCCUCUGAACAGACUACGUGUGGUGAUCGACAAGGGCAUCGACCCCGAAGACACCUAUAAUGAGGUCCCCUAUGAGAAGGGUUUCGCUUUUGUCAGCUACCUGGCUAGCCUGGUCGGGGGGAAAUCAGAGUUCACCAAAUUCCUGAAAUCGUAUUGCCAACAGUUCAAGUUCAAGAGCGUAGUUGCAGAGGACCUGUUUGAUGCUUUCCUUGACUUCUAUCCAGAGCUUCAGGAACAGAAGAUCACACAAAAGAAAGGCUUUGAGUUUGACCACUGGCUCAACGGCACAUCGUGGCCUCCCUUCGUCCCUGACCUGUCGGCCGGCAGGACGCUGAUGGAUCCAGCAGAGAAGCUUGCUAGCUAUUGGCUCUCUUAUCAUGAAGAGAAAGAUAACAAGGAUCUGUCGUUGGAUAUCUCUGAGUGGAAGACCUAUCAAGUUCUUCAUUUCAUAGAUCAGCUUGUGGAAUCAGAAGAAAGCCUACCUCACGAAACACUCAAACACUUUGCCACAACCUACCCCCAAAUAAGGGAUACACACAAUGCUGAGAUUCGAUUAAGAUGGUCACAACUCACGAUUGGUAGCGACUAUGCAGAUGACUUGUCAAAUGUCAAGGCUUUCCUCAUUGCCCAAGGCAAGCAGAAAUACACUCUUCCCAUUUAUGCUGCAUUGACGAAAGGAUCCAAGAGAAUGAAAGACUUUGCUGUGGAGACAUUUGCUGCAACUAAAGACCAGCUUCACAUAAACGUAAGGAAGCAUGUGGAGAAAAUGGUCAGUGUAUUGUAAACUAAAAUGUUCUGUACAUUUCAAGAGUUCAGUGACACAAAGACGUAACUCCAUAUUUUUCCAAAAUGAGUAUUUGAUAUCAAGAUGUUUAGAAAAAUGUGGGCUUUCCAGGAAAC